AUGAAUGAUACUAGUGAGCUUGAGAUUUUAUCAAUUGAAAUAAAUAAUAGAGAAAAAAACAUUGUUCAUUAUUUGAAUGAACAUUUAAAGCUAGAACAAUUAACUGAUCCUCAAAAAAAAUAAAUAAACUUUGAAGUCUCAAAAAAAAACACUAUAUUUUCAUAAAAAUCUUUUGAUUCUGACAGUGAAAUCUCUGAAUUCAAUUCCAGUGGUACCAUAAAGAGUACUUAAUUAAAAAUGAGUAAAUCACCACUCUUAAUAAGAAGACUCAGUGCAAUUAUGUUAGAUUAGAUUUUUUGA